AUGCACAUACAGCGGCCGCAUUGGCAUUAUCAUCAGGCCAUGUGCUUUUGGCGAGCACGCGAUGUAAACAAGCGAAACUUGUUUUGAUCGCCCGUGUUUCGCUUAGGUGUAGACAUGGUAUCGGCCCUUCGGCGAAAGAUUGCAGAACAGAUAUGCCUGUCGGCAACUCGUCUGGCGCGGUGUCGCGAUGCUGCCGAGUUCUCCGCCCAUCGUUUCCUUCCUCUCGUGAAGUUGAAGAUAGACAAAAGCUGCAGCGUGCCGUUCCUGGUUGUCUCUGAAUCGGAUCUUGGUGGGGCGCUUGGCAUCGGUUCCGAAGAGUUUAGAGGACCACUUAAAACAGAUUUGGAAAAUGUGCUGUCGCAGGCAUUGGUGUUCGAGGCAGGUGAGCUGGCCAUGCCCAUUGACCGCGCCAGUUUUCUCCAGGAAUCUCUGUGCUCAGCCGGUUGUGCGCCACGCCUUGUGCCUUCACAGCGCAUUGUGGUGGACUUCAGCUCACCCAAUGUGGCCAAGCCAUUCCAUGUUGGCCACCUGCGCUCCACAGUACUGGGCCACAGUCUUUGCAACCUGCUGAGCUUUGCUGGGCACCAUGUCACUCGGCUCAACUACUUGGGAGAUUGGGGCACCCAGUGCGGUCUUCUGAUAGCUGGUUUCAACAAAUAUGGCAAUAACGAGGAGCUCACUAAGGAUCCCCUUAAACACCUCCUUUCAGUCUAUGUGGCUGCCAAUGCGGAAGCCGAGAAGAACCCUGCGUUUCGUGCUGAGGCUCUUCAGCAUUUUACUGACCUUGAAGCUGGUCAGCAGGAAGUACUUGACCAGUGGCAACGGUGGCGGCAAUUAAGCUUGGAUGGCUAUGGCCAGCAGUACAAGCGCUUGGGUGUAUCCUUUGAUGUGCUGGAUGCAGAAUCCAGGCACAGUCAUGCUGCUCUUGACCUAUUGGAGCGGCUGCGAGCGGAGGAAAAGCUCACUUCUCGAGGUGAUGGCGUCUUGGGCAUCGAAUGUCAGGAGUUUGUCCCGCUUGCCAGGAGCUCCGGUGCCAGCCUUUAUCUGACUAGAGAUGUGGUGGCUGCCUUGGAGCGGAAGGAGAGGUAUGACUUUGACUGGGCCUACUAUGUGGUGGAUCGUUCACAGGCAGAACACUUUCGACGGUUGGCACUGGUGCUGGAGCAACUGGGUGUGGAGUGGUCAGACCGGGUGCAGCACGUGCCUUUUGGUCGCAUCCGGGGCAUCAGCAGCCGCAAAGGCAUCGGCGAGGGAAUGUUGCUGGAUGACUUGUUGAACGAAGCUGUGCAUCGUGCCCGCCAAUCCAUGGAGCAGGCACCCAUGCCACCGCCGCAAAGCCUGCCCAUGACCUCUGAGAUGCGUGGUGCGCCGGUGCGUGCUGGUGCUGAGAAACGCGUCAUGCAACAACUGGGCUCCUCUCUUGCACUUAUUUCUGGACACGCUGCACCAUCUAACAGCACUGCUGAGAAGUCCGCAUGCGGCCUCCGAGACCAGAAGCAUGGUGUGCUGGGCUCGGCAGCCGUCGUAGUGAAUUUUCUUCGUGGUCGGCGAAACCGGGACAUCACUUUUGACUGGCAUCAGGCACUGCACGCAGCUGGUGACUCAGGUGUUUCACUGCAGUACGCACAUGCCAGGCUAUGUAGCCUUGAGGAGAAGGCCGGGUUGCCAGUAGAAACGGAAGCUGCUGUGGACCUCCUGCAAGAACCUUGUGCACUUGCUCUGGCUGUCCAGGUAGCCAGGUUUGAAGAGGUGGUAUGCAGUGCAGUUGACCAGCUGGAGCCCUGCAUUGUAGCACAGUACCUGUUCGCUCUUAGCCAUGCCAUUGGCCGAGCCACCAAGGAGCUUCCUGUCAAGAAUCAAGGACUGUUCGUAGCAAAGGCAAGGCUUCUACUUUUCCAUGCUUCAAGAGUGACACUUGCACAAGGGAUGCGGCUCCUAGGUGUUGAGCCCCUGACAGCAAUGUAGAUAGUUAUUAAAGUCAAGAUUUUCAACUCA